AUGUAAAAUCCAAAUCAUCCAUAAUUUCAGUUUGACAUCACAAUUCAUAAGGAUUUCUUGAAGCAAUCGAUUAUAUAAUUAUUUGAGACUCUCCCUGGAAAUAAAUAAUUGAUUUUGAGUCAGAGAGUGUUACACUUACUUAAAUUGAGCAUCGAAAACAAAUUGUUAUUGGAGAACGGAGUCAAGAAAACCCUGCAAAUUGAGACGAUAAACUAAAUAGAGAAUGACAUCACUUAGAUCUUUAUCAUCAUACCGCCUAAAUAGGAUCUCAUUAAGAAGAUAUCAAAAAUGAUCAAAACUGCAAAUGGUCCCAACAACAUCUACUAAUUGGUCUUCUGGCCUUAACGAAAUCUCAUAGCCAAGGAAUUGCUGGAACAAGAAGGAGUUUUGAGUAGCGUUAAAGUUAUGGAUUUUUCAUUUGAUCUCAUACCACUUGAUUAAGAUGUUUUGAGUUUAGAAAUGCCAGAUGCCUUUAGAGAUAUCGUGGUUGAAUAAGACCUUUCAAUUUAUACCCAUGUUGCAGAUAGUAUCAAUCGCAUAUAACUUUUGAUGGGCAAUAUUCCCAACAUAUACUGCAAAGGCGAUGGGGCCAAGAUGGUUUAUGAUAUUAUUAAAGUGGAAAGCUUAGAGUUGGAGUAGGAUCAAGACUCUUAAGAGGUAGAGUCUCUGAUUAUAUAUGAUAGAAGCAUUGACUUGAUUACUCCCAUGUUGACCUAAUUGGUUUAUGAAGGAUUAGUGGAUGAAUAGUUUGGCAUCAAUGGGAACUUAGUCAGUGUACAGAAGAAGAUAUUUGGGAAGGAAGGACAGGAGGGGGAGCAAUAUCAAACCAUAUAAAUGAACUUAGAUAAGGACCCUUUGAUUUAUAAUGUAAGAGGAUUGUAAGUGGCCUCUUUGGCCAAAUAUUUAUCUGAGCAAGCCAGACAGUAGGAGGUGGAGAAGGUGGAGUUUUAAAAGCAAUUGUAAAUCUAAAUCAAAGCGAAUUCUGGGCAAGAGGCAGCUAGGAUUAAGGCUGAGUAGGAUUCAAAUUUGAGGCGUAUUAUAUUAAUUUGUAAAUAGAUCUUAAUAUAAGUGGAAAGAUAGCAGAUAACAUUAGAACUAUCUCAUUCUACAAAAUGCUAAGUUUAGAAUAGGGAAUAAUCAAUGGAGAUAAAUCAGAUAAGGCUUUGGAUUACAUAGAGGCUAUGAUUCAAUCCGAAAUUGACUUAAAUAAAGUUGUAAGGCUGUUAACCUUAAGAACCUUAGUUGAUGGAGGAUUGAAACAGAAACCAUACGAUUAUAUGAGGAGAGAGAUUGUUCAUGUCUAUGGGUUUAAGACUAUUGCAUUCUUAAACAACUUAUUGAAAGCAGGGAUGGUCUACAAAUCUGAUCCGAAGCAACUUUUCUUUAAAUUACAGGAAUCCUUUAAAUUACUCAAUUUGAAUGUCAGAUCCGAUGAGACUGAUCCAAAAGAUCCUGCUUACACUUAUGGUGGUCACUACCCUCUGAUGUACUUAGAUUUCUAAUGAUUUAGGGCUCGUUUGACUGAAAAGAUAUUUGAUAAGGAAUCUUGGAAACCGUUCAAAGCUCAGAUGUAAUUGAUUAAUGGUUUUCAAUUAGAGCCAGAUAGACCUGUCAGAUUGAAUGUGCCUGGCAAAAAGCCAAUUGUAAUAGUAUAUAUACUUGGGGGUGUCACUUAUGGGGAGAUUGCUGCUUUGAGACUCUUGGGGAAGUAAUUUAAUAAAGAAAUAAUCGUUUGCACAACCAAUAUAACCAAUGGCACAAAGCUUAUCUCAUCAUUAAGAGAGAGAAUCUGAUAAUUUUAUAAAUACAUA